CGAGCAGCCGGACAAGUCAGCAACAGCGCGCUCGGGAGCGAGCGUGAGACGAACGGACGAAAUGUGGACGAAGCGUGGCUAGACGCCGCCACGGACUCGGUGGAUGGCUACACGGCAGUGGACGACGGCAGAGUGACGAACGAGGCAGCACGUGGCUUCCAAGUCUCUCGACGGCUGCGACGAGUCGGGUAG